AUGGGAAGAAGGAACCUGAAACACAGAAAGCGUCCAAGCGAUGUUGCUCCUGAACCUACAGGGGACGAAACACGAUCAACCGUUAGGUCUUUCUCCCGUUCACAAUCUGGUUCUCGGUCUAGGUCUCAGUCAGUGGAUCGUUACAAAGCAAGGUCCUUAUCAAGAUCCAGUUUAUCCAGAAGAGGAUCUGUCGUUUCUCAGGAAAGCGUACUCAAUGAAGGAAACAAUAAUGAAAUCUACUCUGGUGCUGGAUCAGAGAUUAUCCCUUCAUCCAUCACUUCUUUUCACUAUCCCCAUAGCUUUGGGUCUAGAAGACACCAAUCAGCCGCAUCGGCAGAGACAUCUCCAUUAUUACAUACUCGAGAAGAUGUGGAGUCGGUGAAGUCGUAUGGAACCAACGCAUCUAAUGAUGAAGCCGCUAAUUUCAAGUUCUUCAAAUUGGAAGAAAUAGAACUGGCACCAGGAGGGUCUACUUAUGAGAACCCAGAAGAAAUCGUCGACUAUAAUACUGACUGGGUCUAUCCUAUUGAUAAGUACGGAGCUCAGGAUAUAGAGAAUGAGAAUCCGAUAUUUGAAGAGGAUGACGGUGAUGACCAAAGAAGUUAUGGGUCUUCGGAAUUCGAAAGAAGACGUAGAAGUAGUGGAAGCAGUAGAGGCUCCAGUGAGGAGUUAUUAAACGACCUUGAAGAUGAAGCAGAGAGAGAAGAGUUUGAGUACAAGUCAGAGUACCAGAGAUACUAUUUGGCGGAGGAGGACUUGGUUAUUGGUAUUGCUGGGUAUCAAAAUAAUAUUUUGAAGCAAACAAUGUACUAUUUAUUAUGCACAAUAACUCUUGGUAUGGCAUACUUGGUGUUGAGAUGGCUUCCAAGAUACAGAAUCAACUUGAUCGGUGAUCCUUGUCCCUUAGGAAAAGCGGACUGGUGUGUGGUCGAAAAUGAGUAUGGUGAGUUGUCUGUGGUUGAUAUCGAAAAGAAACGACUCAACCAGAGAUUGUCUUCCUUUUUGAAUAUUUCUGACGAUAAGGACGACGGUGAGGUAAACCACCAAAUCUCGGAUCCUAUAAUUGGACAUAUGCAUACCUUCAAGUACAGAUACUUGAAGUUUUUCUAUAAUCCUGUGGAAGAUAUAUUUAAGACUAACAACAACUGGUUUGAUCAAAGUUGGACAAACAGUAACAAAAUUGCUGAUGGUGUUCCUCAGUCACUCUUUGAAGAAAGGGCAAUGAUUUUUGAAGAAAAUUCCAUUGAAAUUGACGAUAAGCCAAUACUAAGUUUAUUGUUGGAAGAGGUUUUGCACCCAUUUUACGUGUUUCAGAUUUUUUCGAUUCUUUUAUGGUUAGUCGAUGACUAUUUCUACUAUGCCAGUUGUAUCUUCAUAAUCUCAAUGAUUUCCAUUGUCAAUACCUUGGUCGAAACCCAAUCCACAAUGAAGAAAUUGAAGAGUAUCUCUAUCUUCAACUGCGAAGUAAGGGUUUGGAGAAACGAAUUUUGGAAGACGGUUCUUCUGAACGAAUUGGUUCCUGGUGAUAUCUUUGAAGUUGAUCCAUCGUUGAACGCAAUGCCAUGUGAUUGUUUGUUGAUCAAUGGUGAAGUAAUUGUGAACGAAUCAAUGUUAACGGGAGAAAGUGUUCCAGUUACUAAAAGCUGUCUCCAAGACGAACAGUUAGAGCUCAUUAAGGAUAAUAUCAAUGUAAACUUGCCCAAGUCAUAUUUAUACAAUGGGACCAAAAUUUUAAAGAGAAAAUCCCAUAAUGAUGAACCUGUCAAAGCUUUGGUCGUGAAGACCGGAUUCAACACCACCAAGGGCUCAUUGAUCAGAUCGAUGUUGUUUCCAAAACCUAUCGGGUUCAAGUUCUACCAAGACUCAUUCAAGUACAUUGGCUUCAUGUCGUUCAUCGCAUUCACCGGGUUUAUUUAUUCCACCGUCAAUUUCAUAAAGUUGGGCGUACCCAAAUCAUUGAUGAUCUUGAGAGCUUUGGACAUCAUCACCAUUGUCGUUCCACCUGCCUUGCCAGCAACUUUGACCAUUGGUACCACUUUUGCAAUCAACCGGUUAAAGAGUUACCAAAUCUACUGUAUAUCACCAACCAGAGUCAACAUUGGAGGCAAGUUGGAUGUUAUUUGCUUUGAUAAAACUGGAACCUUAACCGAAGAUGGUUUAGAUGUGUUGGGAGUUCACUUAGUCAACAAUGCCGUUGGCAGAAAGGAAAUGAAGUUUGACACUUUAGCCAGAGGAAUUGAGGAUAUUGUUAUUAAUCGAUCCAGUGUCCAUGAUUCUAACAACGGCCCAUUGUUAGUUGCGUUGAUGUCCACAUGCCACUCGCUCAGGAAAAUUGACGACGAUAUUCUAGGAGAUCCAUUGGACUAUAAGAUGUUUGAGUUUACCGAUUCCAACUUGAAGGACCUGGAGAUGCCAAUUAUUGAGAACUACUACGGCCAUUACCGCAUCCUUAAAGAGCUAGAAUUUGAGUCUAACAUAAGACGAAUGAGUGUAGUGGUAGAAACCAACCAUUCUCGGCUAGUGCUCUGUAAAGGUGCUCCGGAAGUCAUGGUGGACAUUUGCACAAAACAGUCGAUUCCAGAAGAUUUCUUUGAUCUUUUACACAAAUACACUAAUAGUGGGUAUCGUGUUAUUGCCUGUGCAUAUAAACCUAUUCGGAGUAAAGUAGAUAUGAACCGUGAAUCGUUGGAAUCGAAUAUGCAGUUCCUAGGCUUUAUAGUGUUUGAAAAUAAGUUGAAGGCGAACUCAGCACCCACCAUUCACCACUUACACGAUGCCAAAAUCAGAACCAUCAUGUGUACUGGAGACAAUAUUCUCACGGCAAUAAGUGUUGGAAAAGAGUGUGGAAUUCUAGAAAAAGAAGAAGCCAUAUACGUUCCCCGGUUCACUGAAAACCCUGAAGCCGACGAACUUGUGUGGGAGAACAUCAAUGAUCCGGGAAUAUUGUUGGACUCUACCACCCUCAAUCCACUCUCUAUUAAAGACUACGAUUAUAAGUACAAAUUUGCCAUAACCGGUAAGUUUUUCAAGUACUUGUUAACCAACUUCAAGGACCACGAAAGCUUCCAGCAAGUGCUCUUAUAUUGUGACAUUUUUGCCCGGAUGUCACCUGAUGAGAAACACGAGCUUGUCAAUCAGCUCCAGAAAAUCGACUAUACAGUUGGGUUUAUUGGUGAUGGUGCGAACGACUGCGGAGCAUUAAAAGCUGCCAAUGUGGGAGUUUCAUUGAGUGAAGCCGAAGCGUCCAUUGCCGCUCCAUUCACGUCAAGAGUGUUCGAAGUGUCGUGCUUGCUCGAUGUCAUCAGAGAAGGCAGGGCGAGCUUGGUGACGAGUUUCUCGAGUUUUAAGUUCAUGUCGCUUUACUCGGCCAUUCAAUUCAUCACAGUCACAAUUCUCUACAAACGAGGUACCAACUUGGGAGAUUUCCAGUUCUUAUACAUCGACAUGAUUUUGAUUUUGCCGUUGGCAAUCUUCAUGUCCUGGUCACAGGCUAAUAAGCGGAUUAUACCCAAACGACCAUCGGCGAAUCUUGUACUGCCCCGGAUUUUGGUUCUGCUUGUGGGUAAUAUUGUGAUACUUCUUAUAUUCCAGGUGAUUUUGUGGCGGAUGAUCCAGCGUGAGCCUUGGUAUGUGGUUCCUGUACCGGGGGAUGAUGAAAACGUCAAGAGUUUCGAUAACUCUGUGCUCUUUUUGUUUUCGAAUCUUCAGUAUAUCGUGGUAUCGUUGCUCCUCGCAGAAGGUCCGCCGUACCGGGAGCCACUCCACAAAAACGUUCCGUACGUGAUGACAGUAAUUGCCAGUGUGGCAGUGUCAUGUGGAUUGUUCUUGAUCGAUAGUGACGGAUCACUUGGUAAUAUUUUCCAGUUGGUUAACUUACCCACCCAGUACUAUGUGAUUAUUAUGGUGAUGUCGGCUAUAAACUACGGAGUUUUGUACGUGAUGCGGCGGUGGGUGUAUGGGUCAAUUCAUGCAGCCUAUAAGAGGGUGCUAGGAUCCCGCCACAGCAAAAAAGCCUAUAAGAACAUGCAAAAACGAGUGGUGCUGGUGUAA